AUGGACCAUGCAGCGACGCCAGAACGCAGCCUCGUUGACUGGGACGAAGACGAAGUACAGAACUGGUUGGCUACACUUGGAUUCCCGCAGUAUGAGACCAAUAUCAAGGAGCACCGAAUAUCAGGCGACAUAUUAUGCAUGAUGGACCAGGAGACCUUGAAGGGCGUUGGGGUUGCUACCGUUGGUCAGAGAUUGUCGAUACUCAAGGCCGUCUACAAUUUGAAGGUUGCCUACAAUAUUCCAAUUGAACCUGACAGCUAUGUUCCUCCAUCCGAAGCGCAGGAUCGCGUGGAAGACCUCACUCUUGAGAAGCUCAAUAACAUGCUCAACGAUCAAGCGCAACGGCUUCGCGUCCUAGAAGAAGAAAACAGAAAUCUAAAUACCAUUCUUCAAUCUUUCCUCGAUGAUUACAAUACUCUUCGUGCGUCCCUAACCCACAAUGGAACCGAUGAAACUAGUCCCCCUUUGCGACGACAACCGUCGUUCAAAUGGGCGCAGUAUGUCAAACCCACCAAGUCUCCCACAAAACCAGAACCAACCGAGAGUCCUCACCCUUCUCCUCAACAACUCGAACACGAUACGCCCUACACCCGCGGUACCCCACAAUCACAGAUCACGUCGACACCAGCACCAGCAACGGAGAAAACUCCUCGUCUAUAUCCCGCACCAUCAACAUCGGCCACAGACUCCCCGAAUUUGUCCUCUGCGUUAAGCCCACCCAAACCUCCCCGCCAAGAUGGCACCGACAACCUCAAGUCUUUCAAAGUCAGCCUGGAAGAUCCCACCUACAAGGUUUUACCGGCUGCUCUCAAGAAAUAUAGAAUUAACAACGAUAACUGGGAAAAUUAUGCCAUGUUCAUAUGCUAUGGGUCUCCCGGUAACCGUAUCGAACGGUGCCUCUCCUAUGAUGAGAAGCCUUUAAUAUUGUUUCAGAAGCUGAAGGACGCGAAAAAGAACCCAGUGUUCAUGCUGAAGCAUAUCAAGGACAUCAGGAGCCCAAUUGUUGUCGCCCAACAGAAGCACGCAGCAAGGAAGGCCGGGUCGACUAUAAGCAAUAAUGGUGAUACGACCUCAGGUCCUGGUACCGCGACAGCAUUGCUAGUUGAGAAAGGAAUGGGGACGCCGACACCAGGUCACACGAAGAAUGCACCGUCAAGGACCAUCAUACGUCCCCCAAAGUUGGAAGUUCACGAUCUCUCCAACAAUGCGAACGUCCCCUCUGGACUUAUGUCCGGCGUAAAUCCACAACCUGGAUGGCCCGAGGCACCGGGCAUAUCUUCGCCGUCAACAGAACACCAGUCUCAACUCGGAGUCUCUGGAGGAGCUUUACCAUCGUCAUCUCCAAUACCUCCAUCACAAACGCCCUCUUCUCUCGCAACUUCUAAUUCCCACCACGUCUCUACACCCUCUACAUCCGCGUCUUCCUCGACGGCCAUUUCAAAUUCGUCCAUCCUAGUGUCUAACAAUACUAGAGAGCUCCCCUCCACCUCCCCUGGGACCAUUUCUUACGCGAUAGCGAUCUACCCCUACAUGGCUGAACAAACUGACGAAUUCGAUGUGGUCGUAGGAGAUACAUUCAUCAUACUUUCUCGUGCCAGGGGUUGGUGGGUGGUACAAGGCGAUCCUAAAGGCACAGGUGUAGUAGAAGCGGAUGUCAGCAAGCAAGGCUGGGUGCCUGCUGGAUGCCUCUUGGAAACCAACCAGCCCAUAGCAAGCGCUAUCAGACAAGCCAGGGAGAAGAAAGGAAUGGGUGACGAUGCGGAUGGAGAAACAGCUACUGGCGACAGAGAAGCAGACGCAGAGCAGCCAAUCGCCUCUUCGUCGUCCAAGACACCUAUUUUACCCUUGAGCAUCAUUUCGACGAGUUUCCCGGGAAUCGCCCUGAUGGAUUAUAAGAAGAAGGGAGAAGAGGAACUAGACCUGGCGAAGGAUGAUUCGCUUAGAGUCUUCAAGAGGUACAAUCAUUGGAGUUAUGCGGUCAAAGAAGACGGCGGUGAUAGAGGCUGGGUCCCAUCAUGGUUCAUUGGUAAAGUUGCCAAUCCAAACUCCAAUAAUCAACCCACGCCGCCGACUCCUAGUGUCCCCAGUCAGAGUCAACAGCACAACGCUAGUGGACAAAAUAACGGGGGUGGUGCAGAUGAAUCACCCUGGAAUGGGAACCAAGCACAGGUUUCACCUAUGAGUUCCGCGUUUCCUACAAGAUAG